GCCAGAUAGAGGCAGGCUGUCAUAUCGGCGACCAUGCAGUCCAUUCGCGACCUCGUCUUCAGGCGCAUUCCGACUCGCACCAUAAACCUUUCGAAAACAUAUUCUUCCGUGUCUAGCCGCCGCCCGCCACCACAGCUACCAAUUGGCCUCCGCGCCCUUUCGAACACUCCUCCCAAGGCCAAGGCUCAAGAAGAACAAGAUGGAUCGGAAGCUAGCGAGGAGCUCAAGCAUCACAAGCGGAAGCGGUCCAAGACUGCUGUGGAGAGAGCCUCCGAAGAAGCUCGGCGGAACAAGUUGAAGGCAAAGUUGAACGUCGUGAACGCGGAAGACACUAAGAAAGUCACUGCGUAUUGCGCCGCUGAAAGAUACAAACUUCACGACGUAUCCCGCCUUGUUAAAGCCGAAGGUUUCGAACAGGAUCCAUAUUCAACAGGCCUUUCCUCUCAAGUCAUUCAUAUCCAAGUUGCCAAUGUCAUGGAAAGCAAAGAGGCCGGAGACCUGUUUAUAUUCCCGUCCGGUACCGUGGUCGCAUGGAAUGUCCCGGAUAAAAUUACAUAUCGUUUGGUUAGCAAAACCUUGGUCCCGGCAGCAUUGGGCUCGCGACUUCCCGAGGUCGAGACCGAAGACUUGGAAUACCUCGAGGAUUAUACUCGAAACAACAGCGACGUAGUUGGGGAUACCAUCGUUUUGGGCACCGCCGUUUCCCAGGGCAAUGGCUCUGGACAUACGAACAACGGCGACGGUCAGGCUGUGACGGAACACGAUGUGGACAUGAUAUUGGCAAAGCUCUCCUUUUCAUCUGGAUUGGCGCGCUCCACGAAACUUGCCGUCCUUGAGAGCAUGCUAAGCAAUUACUUCAAGUCUACGAGCCUCAUACCCACGGUUUUGUCCCAGGGUUCGCGUCUCAAUUAUACACGGCAGUUCAUUCUCAUGAAGACUGGAGAGCUUCUCAACAUUAGAGCUCAGUUGAACCUUUCUUCUGAGUUGACUGACUCUCUUCCUGAUAUGUUCUGGGACAGCAGACAUGAGCUUGGACUUGAGCACAACUACGACAAAGUCGGACGCGCUCUCGAUGUCAAUGUGCGCAUUAGGUCACUCAACGAAAAACUGACCUAUGCCCAAGAGAUUGCACAGGUGCUCAGUAACCGUCUCGAAGAAAAGCAUGGUCAUAACUUAGAGUGGAUCAUCAUCUGGCUCAUCGCAUUCGAGAUUAUGCUUGAGCUUCAUCGGCUCUGGGUUGAGCGGAACGAAAAUAUCGACCCUGAGAGCACGGAGAACAUGCUUAAAAGCUAUCUCAAACAGCAGCUCACUAGUCCAAGUCCAUCGGUCUAAAAGGGCUGUCUUUCACCUACACAGUGAGCCUUUGUCCUUUCAACUUUGCGAUAGCUCAGAUCAUACCUUCUUGCACAUUCUGUACGAUACCCCACUCAGCUGUUUGACGCAAUGCUCUAUUUUCAUUUCGAUAGUGUCACAUGUUGGAUCAACCAGUGACAUGGUCCUCGAAGCAGUUGCGUUGCGCACAAGGCCAAGUAUAAAACUCAGAAACUCGGUGGUAGGUACUAUAGAGCUAUUCGACUCGAAUUCUAGCCUUAUUAAGGCAUGAGUCUUGGGAGAGUAUAUUUUACGUGCGAUACAAGGCGUGAGCAUCAAGUGAAGGUGAACGCAACC